AGCGCGGUGACCGGGCCUGAGGGAGGCGGGCGCCAUGACGGCCGAGACCUUAGCGGCGGAGGCCGUGGCCUCGCGUCUGGCGCGGCAGGAGGAGGACAUCCGCUGGCUGUGGGCGGAGGUGCAGCGCCUGAGGGACGAGCAGCUGGACGCGCCCGAGCAGUGCCCGGGCGAGGGGCCGUACCUCACACCGGAGGUGGCGCAGCUCCGGGCCGAGAACCGCGACCUGCGCCACCGCCUGUACCGCCUGCGGCUGUGCCUGGCCGACGAGCUGAACCGCCGGGCGGAGGUGGAGAGCGUUGUCCCGGCGGCGGCGCCGGAGAGCGAGCAGGCGGGGCCGGGCGCGCAGCUUUCUAGUCGUCAAAGCCAAGAAACGGACGCUAAAAAGAAGGCGGAAAUUGGGCCCAAUACUGAGGUGAUAAAGCAACCGGGUUUCAUUGAAGAAAGAUUGAAGCUGUUUGAAAUAUUGAAUAAAGAUCAUCAGCUCUUACUUGCCAUUUGUGAAAAAAAGGAGAGUACAAGCAACAGGAUCACAGUAAGCAUGGCUGAUGGGAAAACAGUGGAAGGGCAAGUUUGGAAAACAACCCCUUAUCAAGUGGCCACCGAGAUCAGUCAAGAACUGGCUGAAAACACAGUGAUCGCCAAAGUAAAUGGAGAAUUAUGGGACUUGGACCGCCCACUGGAAGGAGAUUCUACCCUAGAGCUGCUGAUGUUUGAUAAUGAGGAAGCCCAAGCUGUGUACUGGCACUCCAGUGCCCAUGUUCUCGGGGAGGCCAUGGAAUUGUACUAUGGAGGCCACUUGUGCUAUGGUCCACCCAUUGAAAAUGGAUUUUAUUAUGACAUGUUCAUUGGAGACAGAGCAGUGUCCAGCACAGAGUUGUCAGCCCUGGAGAACAUAUGCAGAGCUAUCAUAAAAGAAAAGCAGCCUUUUGAAAAAUUAGAAGUCGCCAAGGAGACCCUCCUGGAAAUGUUCAAGUACAAUAAAUUUAAAUGCCGCAUCCUGAAUGAGAAGGUGAACACUCCAACAACCACAGUUUACAGAUGCGGUCCACUAAUUGACCUUUGUAAAGGUCCACAUGUAAGACACACUGGAAUAAUUAAAACCAUAAAAAUUUUCAAGAAUUCCUCAACAUACUGGGACGGCAAUCCUGAAAUGGAAACAUUGCAGAGGAUCUAUGGUAUAUCCUUUCCUGAUAACAAGAUGAUGAAAACCUGGGAAAAGUUCCAAGAGGAAGCUAAGAACCGAGAUCACAGGAAAAUUGGGAAGGAACAAGAGCUUUUCUUUUUUCAUGAUCUGAGUCCUGGAAGCUGUUUUUUUCUUCCCAGAGGAGCCUUCAUUUACAAUACACUUACGGAUUUCAUACGAGAGGAAUAUCAUAAACGGAACUUCACAGAAGUGCUCUCUCCCAACAUGUACAACAGUAAGCUCUGGGAAGCCUCGGGCCACUGGCAGCAUUACAGCGAGAACAUGUUUACCUUUGAUAUUGAAAAGGACACUUUUGCCCUUAAACCCAUGAAUUGUCCAGGGCACUGUCUAAUGUUUGCCCAUCGUCCACGAUCUUGGAGGGAAAUGCCUAUUAGGUAUGCUGAUUUUGGAGUUCUUCAUAGAAAUGAACUGUCAGGAACUUUAAGUGGCUUGACCCGAGUCAGGCGCUUCCAGCAGGAUGACGCGCACAUCUUCUGCACAGUGGAGCAGAUUGAAGAAGAAAUAAAGGGGUCUUUGCAGUUUUUGCAAUCUGUUUACUCAACAUUUGGCUUUACCUUUCAAUUAAAUCUGUCCACAAGGCCAGAAAACUUCCUAGGACAGAUUGAAAUGUGGGAUCAAGCUGAAAAGCAACUGCAGAACAGUUUGAUGGAAUUUGGAGAACCGUGGAAGAUGAAUCCAGGAGAUGGAGCAUUUUAUGGCCCUAAAAUUGAUAUAAACAUCAAGGAUGCCAUUGGCAGAUACCAUCAAUGUGCUACAAUUCAGCUGGACUUCCAACUACCUAUUAGAUUUAAUCUUACCUAUGUUAGUCAAGAUGGGGAUGAUAAGAAGAGACCUGUGAUCAUACAUCGAGCCAUUUUGGGAUCAGUGGAAAGAAUGAUAGCUAUUCUUUCAGAAAACUAUGGGGGUAAAUGGCCUUUCUGGCUGUCUCCUCGUCAGGUAAUGGUCAUCCCUGUGGGGCCAACUUGUGAAAAAUACGCACUUCAGGUAUCCAGUGAAUUUUUUGAAGAAGGAUUUAUGGCUGACGUUGAUUUAGAUGAUAGUUGUACACUAAAUAAGAAAAUACGAAAUGCGCAGCUGGCUCAGUAUAAUUUUAUUUUGGUGGUUGGAGAAAAGGAAAAGAUGAAUAAUGCUGUAAAUGUUCGAACGAGAGACAACAAAAUUCAUGGAGAGAUUUCAGCAACUUCUGCCAUGGAUAAAUUGAAGAAUCUCAAGAACUCACGUACACUGAAUGCAGAGGAAGACUUCUGAAGUCCUUUCCUUGUACUCACUUCUGUAGAACUUGUUUUGACCCUUGAAAAUGCAUUUUUCUUAACCAUUUAACCUGUUAGUACUUCUAAGAACUUUAGGCUCACUGAUGGGCACGGUGAAGACAGGAGACAGUGAAUGAGUAGCUGAUAUGAACCAACUGUUUAAUUCACUGAUGUGCUCUGAGGACAAUUCAGGAGGACAAGCUUGGGACAUUUUCAAGAAAUCAAUGUCUUGAGAGACUGAAAUAGGAAAAUGUUAUCAUUGAAAGGGGGAAAUACUAGGAAAUGAGGAUUAUGUUAUUGCUAAUAUUUAUGAUUUUCAAAAGACAGGCUUCAAAUAAAAAUCUGCAAAGUUGUUUUGAAUAUGGGGGAAAAAUCUUAUUUUCUAAUAACAUUAUGUCUCAGGUAUUUUUAUGGUUGUUUUUACAAAAACUCACACUGUAAACUUUAUCUCCCAAAUUGGAAUCAUUGCUUGAUUUGUUUUAACUAACCAACAACCACAAAGAAGCUAGUACUAAGUAUUGGAUUACUGACAAAGAGCUCUAAACAUCAAAGAAAUUCAGUGUUGUGGAAUCUACUGUUGUUUGCACUGUAGCUUAUGAGUUGCUGUUUUAAUGCUUCUAAUUCAUAAUUGAGCCUUGUUCAUCUUUAGAAAAAAUAUAUUCCCAAAUAAAAUGCAUCAUAUGGCACUUCCAAUGAUUCAGCUUUGGGCUUAUACCACAAUAAGCUGCUCACCUAGACUUAAAUUACCUUUUUUGAUGGAAUGAUAAUCUACUAUUUAUAGACUCAGAUGAAUUUCAGAUUUUAACUGUGAAAAGAAGAAUACCUUAAUUAAAAAGCCUUUAUGUCAAUAGAGAAUUUAGCUACCAAUCAAGAAGUAUUUAUUUGGUUAGGUACUGUGGCAUUCAAAAUAAAUUCAAGACAUGCUCUCUCCUUCAACACACAUAGUUAGCUUCCUGAAAUAAAUGGACAGUGAAAACAGUUGGUAAACAAAAUAGUAUUAUAUAUCAGAGCUGUACAGUGCUGUUGUUGUUAGGUGCCAGCGAGUCAAGUUUUCACUCAUGGUGACCUGAUGCAAAACUAACGGAACACUGCCUGGUCCUGAGCCAUCCUUACAGUUGUUGUUAUGCUUGAGCCCAUUGUUGCAGCCAUUGUGUCAAUCCACCUCGUUGAGGGUCUUCCUCUUUUCUGCUGACCCCGUACUUUAUCAAGCAUGAUGUCCUUCUCCAGGGACUGAUCCC